UAAGGGUGCACACUGCAUGCUUUCAAGCAUUGGGAUAAAAUAGUGUUUAGUUUGCUGUGAGCCGGGUUGCGGAGUAUGUUUGUGUAAAGUAUACACUGUACGUAUACAGAGGAAUAUAUCUAGCAGUAGUUACUGUAACAUGCUGAUAUCAUUUCUAUACUUCUAACUAUACAUAACCUGCUUAUUUACAGAGAUAAGAAACUAUAAUUAGGGUCAGAGUUCAACUCCAUGAGGAUUAUGUUAUUAUUCUAGAACUAUUGUCUAUCAACUAAUUCCUAUAUUAAGGUUUACUAAUCAGUCGGAGUAGGAGCGUUGUGUUUGAAUGUGUGUAUACGCAGUUUCGUGGAUUUAGUACAGUAGAUAUUACAACCUGGAGAAAGCAGGAAUCGAUCUGGAAUGAAGAUUGCAAGUGAAUAAGCUAGACAUCACAAUGUCUCAGGGAGUGAUUCUAUACGGUGAGACGACAAGGGAUCUAUAUGAAGCUUGGUACACUAAGGUGGGGGCUGAACCCACUAUCCCCCAUCACAAGAUACAAUCCAUGUUCAACGAUAUCAAUCUCUUCCCGAGCAAAUCACAGGUCUUUGAGAUGCUCCACUGUGCUCGGGAGUGCAGUCAGAGAAACACGGAUAAUUUUAUAACCUUUGGAGAGUUCUGUGUUUUCGCCACAGAAUUGAGAAAAUAUUAUACAAAUCAUGAUCGGGAUCCAAGUACAGUUGACUCCCAUCCUGUCCAGGUUUCCAAGGUCCCGGAGAAGAGAAGGAAAGGAGAACUCAGAACCCAGAGAUCUACCACAUCAGCCUACGAUGUGUUCCUGGGAGGUAGCUGUAAUCCAACCACCUGGAGGAAGGAUGUUGCAAUCCCUCAUCUGAAGGGACAGGGGAUCACCUUCUACAACCCCCAGCAGGCAAACUGGGUCCCGGAGAUGAUAGAACUAGAACAUCAGGCUAAGUACUCAAGCCAGAUUCUCUUCUGGGUUCUGAAUUCUGAAACGAGGAACGUGGCAAGUAUGGUUGAAGUAUCCCAGUUUGCUGGUAGUAACAGGAGAUUAGUUGUUGUUCUAGACUCUUAUCCGGGCCCCGGUCAUACUAUAUCCGGGGAACAAAUAACUAAGGCUGAGUAUGAGGAUCUGCAGAACGGGAUAGAAACCGUCCAGGAUCUUAUAGAGAGGCAGAGUAUACCCGUUUUCACCAAUAUAGAGGUGGCGCUCAACUGCACCAGCAAGGUGCUAAAAGAGAACCUAUCCAUAGAGGAACUAGGGCUCAAAGAUCAGGCCCAACCUGUUCGUCUAGCUCAUAUACAGAUAGGAGAUAAACUUAUCCGGUUGCGAGAAGCGUUUGAUACCCUAGACACCAGUCGGAGUGGAAAACUCAGUCUUUCUGAGAUCAAGAUGGCAUUUAGAAUCCACGUACACAGAGAUCUGUCUCCGCUAGAUCUUCAAGCAAUCUGCUCAAGCCAUGGUGUCAAUGCUCCGCUCACUGAUCUUCCUCUAGAGCAGAUAUUUAUCAAGUUUGAUGAGUUCUGCUCCCUGGUUUCAGAAUAUAAAACCAAGGUUCGAGACCCGUCCCGUUGUAGGGAUAGUAUUUUUAGUAAAACAGUGCAUUUCUUCUCAGUUCUUGUAUCCCCUGUAUCCAAAGCUGCAACCUGGCUCUCAAACCUAACCUUCUCUCCGCGAACCCGAACCUUUAGUGCCAGCAACAUGGGGCGGAGAGGGAGCGCGGUACGGGACGUGUAUCUGGGUGGUGCUGAUACCACCAACUGGAGAGAGCAGAUUGCUAUACCUUUACUCAAGAAAUCUGGAUUAACAUUUUACAACCCUGCUGUAUACAGCACACGGAGACUUAUCCCAAUAGAAGCCAGUGCUAUGGAUAACUCUCGGGUUCUACUAUUUGCAAUCCUAGGAGACUCUAGGUGUAUGUCAGCAAUGUGUCAAGCUGCAUAUCUUAUAGGUCUAGGAUGCAAUGUGGUUCUCUGUGUCCAGCAUAUCCAGGCUGGAUCUAGGGUUGUGGGAGAGGAGCUGAGUAAACUUGCCAUUAAAGAUUACAAUCGAGGGCGGGUUUAUCUAUCCGAUUAUGCCAACAGAGAGGGGAUCCCUAUAUUUGAGGAUUUAAAGGAAGCCCUGGACUGUGUUAUACAGAAGUGCAAAUCUACUAAAUAAAACAUAAAUUUAACAUAAAUUUUGAAUAGCCUAAUAAAUCUUAUUUUUCUACU